GCAAGUGGUGAUGAAUUCAGGCUGGAGCCCUGUUCUCGCGCUGUUCUUCAAUUUUUUCUUUGAGACAGUGUUAUGAGGCUGAGACAGGAUGACUGCCCUCUUGUUUUAGAAAAUCAUGUUCCUAAAAUUCAGUGUUAGGCAGACUUCGUAGUGCAUGUGUCCGCGGCCGGUUUUGUGGCGGUCCUUAUUGUUAAGAACAGCACCGGUUUCUUUGCCAAAAUUCACUUUGUGACUUCCUAGAAGUACUCUUUGACAGCCCAAACUCGUGGGUUCUCAGAUGUAAGAAAAUUACUACAUAUCAUACAAAUUUGGAUGACCAAAAUUCAAUGCAAAGUGAUUGUAUAAUGGAUUAUCAGCAUAGUAGAGGAGACAGCUAAGUUUGAGAAAGUGAAGUAGGAACUAGAAACGACAGAGCCAAAAGGAAACUGAAUAGUUAAUCGUGGAGGAGGAGAAAACCUAGCUGAGUACUUUGACUAGAGGCAGCUGGGAAAGUGACGUCCUGCAGCAUUUGCUGUUCUAGAAAGUACAGAGACACGUAGUGAAAAUGGGAGGAUCCAGAAGGAGGCCGGCUCCUGUGUAGUGUAUAUUUAUCUAAUCGUUGUACUGCUAAGACUGGGGACGCUGUUUUCUUUUACAAAGGGAAAUCUAAGUUGAUUGCAAGGCUUUCGAAAUGGGGAAAGACUAUUAUUGCAUUUUGGGAAUUGAAAAAGGAGCUUCAGAUGACGAUAUUAAGAAGGCUUACCGAAAACAAGCCCUCAAAUUUCAUCCGGACAAGAACAAAUCUCCUCAGGCAGAAGAAAAAUUUAAAGAGGUCGCAGAAGCUUAUGAAGUGUUGAGUGAUCCUAAAAAGAGAGAAAUCUAUGAUCAGUAUGGGGAGGAAGGGCUUAAAGGAGGAGCGGGAGGUACUGAUGGACAAGGAGGUACCUUCCGAUACACAUUUCAUGGAGAUCCUCAUGCCACAUUUGCUGCAUUUUUCGGCGGUUCCAAUCCCUUUGAAAUUUUCUUUGGAAGACGGAUGGGUGGUGGUAGAGAUUCUGAAGAAAUGGAAAUAGAUGGAGAUCCUUUUAGUGCCUUUGGAUUCAGCAUGAAUGGUUAUCCGAGAGACAGAAAUUCUGUGGGGCCAUCCCGCCUCAAGCAAGAUCCUCCAGUUAUUCGUGAACUCAGAGUAUCUCUUGAAGAAAUAUACAGUGGUUGUACCAAACGGAUGAAGAUUUCUCGAAAAAGAUUGAACCCUGAUGGAAGGAGUUACAGAUCUGAGGACAAAAUUCUCACCAUUGAGAUUAAAAAAGGGUGGAAAGAAGGCACCAAAAUUACUUUUCCAAGAGAAGGAGAUGAAACACCAAAUAGUAUUCCAGCAGACAUUGUUUUCAUUAUUAAAGACAAAGAGCACCCCAAAUUUAAAAGAGAUGGAUCAAACAUAAUUUAUACUGCUAAAGUUAGUUUACGGGAGGCAUUAUGUGGCUGCUCAAUUAAUGUUCCAACAAUGGAUGGAAGAACCAUCCCUAUGUCAAUAAAUGAUAUUGUGAAACCUGGAAUGAGGAGAAGAAUUAUAGGAUAUGGGCUGCCGUUUCCAAAAAAUCCUGACCAGCGUGGUGAUCUUCUAAUAGAAUUUGAUGUGUCCUUCCCCGAUACUAUAUCCUCAUCAUCCAAAGAAGUACUUAGGAAACAUCUUCCUGCCUCAUAGAAUGAAGAACUUUGUUACCCACAUUUUGAUAAGGCACUGAAAAUAUAAAAGGACUGGCAGUUUACUGAUGUAGGUGUGAAUUCUGUAUAAAGAUGUGCAAAUUCUUUUGAGGGCUCAUUUCAUUGCAGUGCAUGAAUAGAGAUGGGUCAAAUAAAUAGGGCAAAAGGAUUUUUACAGUUGGUGAUGAGGAGAAAACUGCUCGCUCCAUUUUAUUUCAUUUCUCCCAAAUCAGAAAUGUUUAGUCUUUUACUUACAAGUAAAAGUCUUUGUGAAGUUGUUAGAUAUAUUUCUAAUAAAGUACUAGACUAUCCAAGUACUUUAUUCCUUACAUUGUUGAGUGAUUAUUUGAUAAGCUCCCAUUUAUGAUGGAAAUUAAAAUUCUUAACUAAGCAAUAUAUACAAUAUGUAUUUCUAGAAGAGAUUAAAAACCCACUCAAUUGGGCAUGUGGUUAUUUAAACCACCUGAAGUGCUGCUAUGGGGCUGUUACUUGUAAAAGAAUAUCCUGAUGCAUAUGUUUCAACAUUUUGGUUUUAAAGUAUGCUAUGCCAUUUCUUCUGUCAUCAUACUGUUCUUAAAACAGACCUUUAUUUCAUAAAAAAAAUUUAAUCGCAGUUUAUCUCUUGUGAAAAUCCUAAUUGCCCAAAUUACUGAUAUUUUAGAAAUAGGCUCUUUAUAAAAUGCCAUAUGUAAUUUGAUGCAAGUUAACUAUAUAUCUUGGACUUAAUAACUUAUAGGUUCAUUUUGUUGUUCACUAGUUUAAAAUAAAUUUGUUUAAUAAUAAAUGUGUUUUUAGAGGAUAUGCUGUUUCUUGGAAUUAAUUUUCUAGUUACACAGUAUUCUAUAGCUUAUUCAUGAUAAACUACAUGUACCUUAUAUAAUUUCUCUAAAAAGAAUAAACAACCACUAUAGUUUUCACCAAAAUAUGGGGAAUAGAAACACUAACUGCUGCUUAUGGAUAAUGUUGCAACUACUUGUUAUGCCUAAGAUAUUUUACUUUUUCAUAUGUAUAGAUUGCAUUUCUUAGGUGUUUUAAUUUUUUAAAUAUACUCACAUUUAAAAAGUA